AUGAGCAUGCAACGAUCCAGCAGCUUGUCUGAAUUGCGUCGAGGCGCUUUCUCGUCUCGAAAGCUCUCGAGCAUCCUAUCAACGCCAAAGCUCUCAGCCGUCACCCGCAUCAUCCUCUCUCUUACAGCGAUCAGUGGUGUUACCAUUCUCACCAGCUUCCUCAGCGGCGCAUUGACGGUCGCAUUGCCCUCCAUUGCUAAGUCGGUCAAUCUAUCGCAAGGACUGCUGUCAUGGCCAUUGUCCAUGUUCAGUUUGGUCAGUGGUGCUCUCUUGCUCAUUGCCGGAGCAAUGGCAGACGCAUUCGGCCGACGACGAGUCUUCCUUCUUGGAAUCGUGUGCUUUGCUGCAGUCUGUAUCACGACUACAUUCAUGAACACAGGCGAAGGCUUGAUAGGCUGCUGUGCUGGUCUUGGCCUCGCAGCAGCGAUGCUCAUCCCUGCUGGUGUCGGCAUCCUGGGUAGUUCAAUACCUGAAGGUCCGAUCAAGAACAGAAGCUUCGCUCUGAUCGGAGCUGCCCAGCCAGUUGGAUUCAUCCUUGGCCUUGUCUUGGGAGGUCUCCUUGCAGCUCGAUGGCGGAUCAUCUUCUGGAUCUUGGGUGCCUUUGCCAUUGCUUGUGGGCUAUGCGCAUAUGUAUCCUUGCCAAACGAGGGCGAAGAGCUCAUUCGAACAGCCAGUAACUCAAGAGCGACCUCAGUCAUCGAUUUGACCUCCGAUGCUGCGGCGCUUUCUGUUGAUCCUCGUGCUUCCACGAGCCCUGCUCCCCAGAACCUGAACAAGGCUGUCACAUCGAGCAUACCAGCAUCCUCGUCCAACGCUACGAGCACAGCGACAAGCAUUCACAACAUCAACACCAUUGGCAACACGAACGCUACAGCGAACGCCAGCAUGAGUCGUUCGCUUCGCCUGAAGACCUUCGACUGGUUCGGAGCUCUGAUGUCGACAUCAGGUCUUGUCAUGCUCACUUUCGCACUUGCAGAUGCUGAAACAGCACCGCAUGGCUGGAAGACGUCGUAUGUUCUGGCAUUGCUCCCGACCUCGAUUGCUUUGCUAGGCGCUUUUAUUUCCUGGGAGCGUUUCCUGGAGAAAAAGCAGCGAACAUACGAGCUGGGUGCCUCAACUGCUGCCAAUACUCAACAGCGUCGAAAUGCCACCUUCUUUAAGGCACCUCCGACUGCACCAUUGCUGCCACCAGCAAUCUGGCGAGUACCUCGGUUUGGAGCUGUCUUGCUUGUGAUCUUCCUGGCAUGGCUCAGUUUCAACGUCAUGUCGUAUCUCAGUACGCUGGUCUUCCAGGAAGUACAGCACAUCUCGGCCACAAAAACGUCCUUGUACUUCCUGCCAAUGAUUGCCAUGGGUCUCGCUCUCAAUGUCUUCGCAGGGCUUGUUGUUGGAAGAAUUCCAGCCGUUUGGCUCAUCGUUUGUGGCGCAAUCGCUGGUGCGGCAGCCUGUGUCAUCCUGUCGGUGGGUGUCGAGCCAGACACACCAUACUACAAAGCCAUGUUGUGGACUAUGAUUCUGCAAGUCGGUCCUGACCUUUUCUUCCCCGCCGGACAACUCUUCGCAAGCAAGUCGGUUGGACGACAGUAUCAAGCUCUGGCUGGCUCGCUGUUCAAUACGACCAUUCGUGUAGCUACAUCUUUAGGUCUUGCCAUCUCUUCGUCCAUAUCAACGUCAGUCACCAAGGCUGCUGUUGCCAAGUCUGCUGGCCAGGCUGCUCGGCUGCUUACACGAGACCUGGUGCAUCACCCUUCAAUGCUGCUUGCAGGCUCGUACCUCGCACCGCGAGCCGCUGUCGGAGCAUCUGGCGGCAGUGUGAAGGAUGCUGUUCCAGUCAAGGCGUUGCUGGAGGGGUACAAAGCAGCGAGCUGGUUUUGCUUCGCCUGCUCAGUGCUGUCUAUUGUAGUAGCUUUGGCAAGGCUCAGAUCCAUUGGGAUUGUAGGUGGAAUGGAAGGCAAGGUGGAAGACAGCAGCUCUGCUAACGACACGAGACUCAACUCACCUAGCAUUGCUCCACAACAAGGCGAGUUCGAGCUUCAAACUGUAGUACCGGCGAGCGACCGCAAGGUCGGCCUUCCUUCUUCAUCUACGCACUCUAGACGAUGA